ACAAUCGCUCACAACCUUCCUGUUCAGAAGCUUAUCCAGCAUAGUAUCGGUGUUCUCACUUGUAUUCCCAGCUCCAGCCAUGGUUUCCAAGACUGCCUUGUUUCUGGUGGCAGCAUUUGCUGUGGUCCUCGCAGCAUGGAGCCCAGUGGCUGCGCAGCCCCCACCACCACCCGCGACCACACCAGUUAUCACAGUCACCAAUGCUAGCCCCGUCGAAGUUUUGAUCUUCCAGAUUCUGAACGGCACAUUGAACCGGCUGGCCACAGUCCCCGCCAACUCUGGCCAGUUCGUCAUCCGAAACUUUCAGGCCGUCAACGGCCAGGUAGACUUGCUGGUUCGGAGCACGGUGAUGGGGGUCACAUCGCAAGUGGGACGAGUGCUCACUCCUUCGAAUGUGACAAACAUCGUCAUCCGCACGAACUCAGCCGCAACCGGUCUGCUCGUGACCAUCACCGGGCUGCUCAAUGGUCCAGUGUCAGUGGUACUGGACCUCAUCUUCACGACUCUGGUCGGGGCUCUUCUCUCCAUUCUUUCUCCAUAGACGCGAUCAAUACUGUUUCGAAAUAACAAGGACGAUACAGGACGGAAACUUGAAGAUUAUCACCUUCAUUUAGUGAUCAUUGUUCGUCAGCUACACUGUGAGAUACUUGAAGUCAUAGGGCGUAAUAUGUCUGUACGCUACAAGAUAUCCUUCCAAAGUCAUGAUGACGGAAGCAAUAUCAAGACAGGAGUGUCAAUGCUCUUCUUACCAGCCAAUGUAAUAAACGACAACCACUUUGGAGUUUUAGAUUCUCUGAUCUAGGUUUGAUGACCUGCAUGGCCAUGGAUAAAAAACUUGGAGUCCCAAUUUGCAGAAGGUUUUCCGUCUUCUACGGCUGUGCCUGAGAUGAAAUUGAUACAUCCCCAGUACACCGAUUCUCGCAGGAUACUAUAUCGGUGUCCUCCUAAAGGUUCAUAUCAUAUGAACGUUAAGGUGAAUCCUCUGAUAGUGGCAUACAUAUGAAUGUACAAUCCUGAGAUGAAAUACAAUAUGAAAUAUACAAUCCUUCAGUGGUACUUGACCUCGUCUUCACGA